AUGUCUUGUUCUGGUGGUGGAAAGGGUGGAGACAAGGAUGAAGAGAAGGUUGCAACCAGGAUGCUGCCAAAAGCAGACUCAGAGAUGAAAGAGAUGGAGGUCAGUGAGUCUGGAGACCUGGCUGGCCUAUUGGUGAGGUUCCCACUCCAACGACCCACAACAAGGCAGCCAGUUUCUGAGGAGGCCUGGGAGUAUUUCCACCUGGCAUCUGCUCAUGCUGGGCACAAUCCCAGUUAAUAUGCCAUCUGCUGCCUAUGUAGCAGGGAGGCGAGCCAAGGCCCAGGGGCCAACGAAAGUACCUCUGCCCUGUGGAAGCGUCUGAAAAGCAUGCACAGAGAGGAGCUGGAGAAGAGUGGUCACAGCCUCUCUGGGCAGCACCAGGACCCACUGCUCCUAGGCCUCCCGCUGCCCAUGGCCAUAGAGGGUGACUGGGGCAAGCUCCUGGAGCAGGUGGGCGCCCUGGCCUUAUGGGCCAGCCACAGGGAAAAGGAGGUGCUGAGGAGGGAGAGGGCAGUGGAAUGGCAUGAGAGGGCCUUGGGAAGGAGAGAGUGAGCCCUGGAGGAGGUGGAAAGGGCCAUCAUGGAGAUGAAGUGCAAGGCGAGAGCUGAGGAGGCUUGCCUGCAGCGAGAAAUGGACCUCCCGGCAGCAGCAUGUUCCUUGCAUUUUGUUUGA